UCGAGAAGAGCUUUACGGGCACUUAAAGCAUUGGUGAAGCUCCAAGCACUUGUGCGAGGUCACCUUGUGAGGAAGCAAACCGCUUAUGCUCUUAGACGGCUACAAGCGCUCGUGCGAGCGCAAGCUCGAGCUCGAGCAGCCCGUGCUAAUUUGAAUUAUGAGUCUCCACAAUCGAGCAAUAUGAAAUCAUCGCAUUUUAAUUAUCGGGGGCCACCAACUCCUGAAAAAUCCGAGCGUGUUGUUAUUCGGGCGAGAAGCGUUAAACACGAACACUUGACGAUAUUGUUCAAGAGAAACAACUCGAAAUCAAACAGCCGAACGAGCGAAAAAUCGUAUCUCCAAAGAGACGACGACAAAAACGACAAGAUUCUCGAAAUCGACAGCUGGAACUGCAAAAACCGGGCCCUCUCCCACUCAAUAACAAAGGACUCCACAGCCAGUAGUUUCCCGCCAGGCCUAAGCACACCGUCCUGUGAAGCCCAAUCCUCAGGCAUGUUAAGGACCGGAAUGGACGAAAGCGGUUUCUGUACGGCCAACAACAGCCCGACUUUCUACUCAGCAGCAUCUUCGAAAAAAGAUGCUUUUACUCCUACGGAAAGUGAUGGCUCGAGAAGCUGUUUUAGUAAUUAUCAUUCGGAUUCUCCUAGUUACAUGGCUUGUACAGAGUCGUCUAGAGCUAAGGCGAGGUCCGUUAGUGCACCCAAACAGAGACCUCAGUUUGAGCGGUCGAGCUCGACUAAAAGAUACUCGAUUCAUGGGUUUGGUGAUUUGAGGUCGGGCCAGAGAGUUUCUGGUUUGCAUGCGGAAUUCACGAGCAAGGCUUAUCCGGGGUCCGGGAGGUUGGACAGGCUCGGGGUGCCUGUGCAUGUUAGAGAGGAGGUUCGUGGGUUUAGUGGUGGAGUUGGUAAUGCUAAUUGGUAUAGGUAUUAA